AUGUCCAUAUGUUACAUCGCUACACACAUUUUACUUAAAUGGAGUUCGGAGGCUGCAUCGGCGUUCCUGAAAGUGACCCCCUCCUUGACAGCAGAUGAAUCCCUGUUACAAGAGGUACUGAAGUUCAUUUGCAUAGCUCUGAAAUUGACCAAUGGUGUGCCAGAUAACACUCUGCAGUGGCUGGGAGAGAUGUUGUACCAACCAUCAGGAACUCUGAUUGGUCUACUUCACAGAGCGUCAGUGAAGGGAGAAGCAAGAGAUGUGCCAGAAAAUGUUAACAUUAAAAGGACACUGGACAAAGAGCUACUGUCUUUCAUAGCGACAUAUAACAGUAAACUACCGUACCUGUUGUGUAGAAGACUGAAGAUUCAGCAGCUGAGAGGAGACCUUUCUCAUCAACUGAUUCAGCGACUUAACGUGACAGAUGCCCCUCACUUUUACAAUCUCGCCUCCCUUGAAGGAACUCUCCAAUGUCUGAUGCACAUCACAGCCAGACCAGGGUGGAGCCAUGAGAGUACAGAACUAGACAGUGGGGCCCUUUGUUCCCAGGUCCUCCAUUGUUUACUUGAGGUCGUGUCUGCCUUUCACAUUGGACGUGGAGGAACAUCAAUGUCUUACAUGGGGAAGGGUGUCACCAAGUCUGCUACACUCUGUCUUCGUCACCUCGCACAUGAAAUGGCCACAUACUCUGAUGACAAGAACUGGGCGAGGCAAUGGUCCCACCUACAGCAGAAGUCUGACAUGUCCCGAAGUGUAAUAACAGGAGAUUCCGGCCUGAUUUGGAUGUUAACACUGUGGGCAUACAGAGAUCCCGAGGUGAGGGCUGCUGGCCUCGGUAUAGCUGUCGCACUGACUUCUACAGAACCAGGUCGUAUUGUUAUGACGUCCCACUGUAAACAUAUCCCAGGGGGGAUCUGGGGAGCAGCGUUCAGUAUACUUUUGGAUCAGGCUGAAUGCAGUAUGGUUCGUCAGCAGGCAGCAUUGCUCCUAGUGAACAUGACAUCACAGACAAUGCCAUGUGGUAGCGUGGAGCUAGAGCAGAACGUGUGGCAGGGGCCCAUCGUCACGGAUACAGAGUUUGAGGUGUCUCUGGUUGGCCUGACUGCUCUGUUGGCACUAAUUCACCACAGCCAGUUUUACCAGGAGAUGCUUGUCCUGUUGUGUAACUUCUAUGCCCAGCCUACUAUCCAACCGGUCAGUGUGUUGGAAGUACCGGUCAGUCAUCUGUCCACUACAGGGUCAGACUCGACACUCUCCACUGUAGCUGAGUUUGGAACAGAUGGACUUCAGAGUACAUCAGGAAGUAACCAGCCGAGAUCCAAGGGGAGGGGACAUAUUCACCAGACAUCUAACUGUAGUGGCAGCAAGUCACGCCAUUCCACCACUGACCCCACAGGGAACAGUACCAGUAGUACCCUGACUGGGGAACAGUUGGAGUACCAGAGUAUUGCCACACCCUCCCUAGUCUCCUCUGUGUGUCAGUUCCUACGUAAUCUGGUGAUAUUGGCUCCUCAGGACACAUUUACCUGUCUGAAAAAGGAUUCUUAUGUACAAGUACUCACCAACAUGGUUGACACUAACCUGUUGGAUGCCUACAUGACAGAGAUGGAGGAGGGAUGUUCUGAUCAGCUGGAACUUGUCUUCUGUGACCUGCUCCAUAUGUAUGCAGCCAUUUUGGAUCUGUUGCGUACCUGUGUGGUGUAUGACACUCCCAUCAGACAGGAAGUGUUAGCCAAUGAGGAUUUCAUCAGGUCCACUGCAGCUCUCCUCACCAUCCGAUUCGAGGGCUCUGCGGACGUGGAGGGGUGUUGUCAUACACUGUGGAGUUCUGUGUUCUCCUUCCUCACUGUCCUACUACAGCUACAGGGGGCCUCCGCUCUCCACAGCUUCACCAUGGCCGCCCACACUCUUUGGACAUCUAUCUCAGAAACAAUUUGCUCUGUACUGGAGAAAAGAAUACACCUGAGCAAGCACCUGUUUGACAAUUGUUUACGAUUCUUGUCCAUACUCUUCAGUGAAGAAGGUAAACUGGUGGGGAGACAACCCCAGUUAGCAGAGGACACAAUCACUAUCAUCGGCCUCCUUAACACGCCUCUAAAGUCAGACACAAAAGAUACCGACCAAGGGGAGGUAACUACAGGCAGCCAGCUUUGUAAGGUGUUGGUUAAUGUGUAUGAACACUCAUGUAUAAAGUCCUCUGACCAUAAGGAGGAUGAACGUAUCCACGCUGCCACAGCCCUGAGGACACUGCUAGCCAUAUCCAGCUCCGCCAAGGCCACAGCUCUCCAGUUGGGACUGGUGGAGAGUGUUAUUGAUCACAUCAAACAGACUCACACCAAACUCAACAUGGAGUCUCUCCAGCCUGGUAAACCUAGCACCAAGAAGAAAGAGGACCCACUGAUGAGUGACCUCAUCCUCACUUUUGACCUUCUGCGCAACUUCAUUUUCCAGGACCAAGAGGCUAAGAUGGCCUGUUACUACUCUGGUCUACACAACAUCAUACACCGACUUUGGGCUUGGUGUCAACUAGAUAUGGCCGUCAUGUCUUCUACUCUCUCCCUCCUCACCACCUACAUAGCUCACUGCCCUACAGCCACCAGCUCCCUAGCCUACACAACCACAUCUGUCUCUACUGGAGGUCAGAAAUCACAACAGCUCAGUAGUAACUCGCUGGUUCACUGCCUCAUACGUCUAGCUGGGAGAGACAACAUCAAGGACUCCAUACUCCGCACUCUCUUCUCCCUCCUUGCCACCCUCACACUGUCCUCUGAGGGUAGGAACAUUGUGUUUAAGAGUAACUUUCUGAGAGAAUUCCUGAGUCUAAAUCCAAGAAAAAGUAAGAAGACGAAACACGUACAGAACUUAGAACUGUUCUGGCUGGAGUUGCUGGUCAACCUGUCUUUCUCAGUUGAGGGUCAACAGAUGCUGCUGAAAACAGGAGACUGUGUGAACCUGCUGUUGGAUUUUGUGGAAUGUGGCAAGGGGAAGGUCCAGGAGUGUGCGACCCUCAUCCUCCGUAACAUGUGUUGUCACACCAGUAACAAACCCAAACUCCUUGCCUGUGACAAACUACUGCCCCAGCUGUUGGAGUGUCUGACCAGUGAUAAUACCCAAAUCCAGUGUGUGGCCGCCUCCGCUCUGUGGGCGCUCGUCUUCAACAACCAGAAGGCAAAGGUGAUGAUGAAGAAUGCCAAUGUGAUCCCCAAACUCCAAGAAGUAAUGAACAACAUCAACAACCACUACAGACGGGACACAUCGGACAAGUGUUUAGAGGACCUGCAGUCUGUUGUAGCUGCUGUAGGGGAAUAGUCACACCAACAACCACUACAGACGGGACACAUCAGACAAGUGUUUAGAGGACCUGCAGUCUGUUGUAGCUGUAGUGGGGGAAUAGUCACACCAACAACCACUACAGACGGGACUCAUCGGACAAGUGUUUAGAGGACCUGCAGUCUGUUGUAGCUGCUGUGGGGGAAUAGUCACACCAACAACCACUACAGACGGGACUCAUCGGACAAGUGUUUAGAGGACCUGCAGUCUGUUGUAGCUGCUGUGGGGGAAUAGUCACACCAACAACUACUACAGACGGGACACAUCAGACAAGUGUUUAGAGGACCUGCAGUCUGUUGUAGCUGCUGUGGGGGAAUAGUCACACCAACAACUACUACAGACGGGACUCAUCGGACAAGUGUUUAGAGGACCUGCAGUCUGUUGUAGCUGCUGUGGGGGAAUAGUCACACCAACAACUACUACAGACGGGACACAUCAGACAAGUGUUUAGAGGACCUGCAGUCUGUUGUAGCUGUAGUGGAAGAAUAGAUAUAUAAAUACCCUCUACAGACGGGACACAUCGGACAAGUGUUUAGAGGACCUGCAGUCUGUUGUAGCUGCUGUGGGGGAAUAGUUAUAUAAAUAUCCACUACAGACGGGACACAUCGGACAAGUGUUUAGAGGACCUGCAGUCUGUUGUAGCUGCUGUGGGGGAAUAGUCACACCAACAACCACUACAGACGGGACACAUCGGACAAGUGUUUAGAGGACCUGCAGUCUGUUGUAGCUGCUGUGGGGGAAUAGUUACACCAACAACUACAGACGGGACACAUCAGACAAGUGUUUAGAGGACCUGCAGUCUGUUGUAGCUGCAGUGGGAGAAUAGAUAUAUAAAUACCCUCUACAGAUAUAAAAUAGACUUGGUUUUGUUGGUCUGCCAU